ACAAAUAUGUUCUCAGAGGGAUUAUUCAGCAUUAAAAAUACUAUACUUAAGAAUUUACCACUCGUUAAAGGUAAAGACAUGUACAAUGCGUGGAUAUUACCUGUAUCUUUAAUCUUUAAAUGUUAUUUCUUUAAUGUUACGAAUCCUGAUGAAGUGAUGCAAGGAGUUAAUCCAAAUCUGGUUGAAUAUGGUCCAUUUACUUACAGAGAAAUAUUCGAAAAACAAAUAGUGGAUGUGGAUGAAGAAUUUGAUGAAAUUAUCUAUGAUGUAAAAUCAACAUUCACUUUUGACAAAUAUGCAAGUGUGAAUAUAUCUAAACGUGAUACAGUUACUAUAUUAAAUCCUGCAUACAUUGGAACUAUAUCGAUGGCAAGUACAAUUGGAUUAACCACUUUACCUCCAAAUUAUAUGGAUAAAUUUGGUAAUAAUAUACCGAAAUUAUUUCCAAAUCGAAACAGUAUUUUUUUAAAAGCUAAUCCUAAGGAAAUACUUUUUGACGGAGUUAAACUUACGUGUAAUGAAAAAAAAUUCCCUGAAUUGAGUACGAUAUGCAAAACACUGAAGGCACUUCGAUCACCUGUCUUAAAAGAAGGCGAAAAGGACGGCGUUUAUUAUCUUAGUAUUUUUCAAAGAGUUAAUGGUACUAUUCGAGGACGAUUUUCUGUUAAUAGAGGUAUUAAUAAUAUAAGUGAAUUAGGUAAUAUAGCAUCUUAUAAUGGAAAAAGAGUGCAAACAAUAUGGAAAACUGAAAAAUGUAAUAGAGUAAGAGGAUCUGACACAAUUACUUGGCCACCAUUAGUAAACCCAUUGCCUUCGGUUUUAACGUUUAUACCAGAUUUAUGCAGGAGUGUGGAAGCGGAUUAUGAUAAGGAAGUUUCGAUAUACGGUUUAACCGGAUCCCGAUUCGUCAUGAAAGAAAGAACCUGGUUCCUGAACACAUCGCAGUGUUAUUGUUUAGAAAAAAACAAAGUACCAAAUUGUUUGCCGCAGGGUUUAAUCGAUGUCUCGGAUUGUCUGGUAAUGUUACGUUACGAAAAUGAAGAGAUGUCUGUUGUAUACGUUCUAAAAUUUAAUAUGUUGCAGAAAGUACCGAUAAUCAUGUCAGAACCUCAUUUUUUACACGGUGAUCCGCAACUCUUGAUGUAUGCACAUGGCUUAAAUCCGAAUGAAGAUUUACACGAGACAUUUAUCGUUAUAGAACCAUACACCGGGACACCUCUUUCUGGACAAAAGAAAAUACAAUUAAAUUUGAAAUUGGAAAGACAACCAGUCAAUUUGCUUUCAAAUAUCAGCGAGGGAUAUUUUCCUCUUUUGUGGUGCGCGAACGUAAGAAUUUUUUCGAAAAUUACCAUAUUUCAACAUUAACAUAAGAUAUGAUACGAGAAGGGUAUUUAAUGGUUAAUGACGAUCAAUUUUAUAACACGUUAUUAUAUUAUUAAUUUAAUUCAAGUAUUUUAUUCUUUUUCUUAAAAAAAAAACUUUGAUCUUUUGUCGUCGUAAAAUUUUGCAAAAUUUUAGCAAAACGAUCGAAUAUCGAUUAAUUUUUCAUUGUUAUAAAUAGAACCCUCUUGCGCGAUUAAUCUUAUAUUAUCGAUAAUUUCAAAAAUUUCAUCGGUGCACAACAAAUUUUCAUACGUAACAACGUUUGGUAACGAAAUAUGUGAAGUAAAUAAUUUAGAAAAUAAUAAAUUAUAGAAAAUUAGAAUUGACAAAUUAUCGUGCGAGAGAGUUCAAAUAUCAAUUUAUGAGUUACGAUCUUUUGUUAAAUAGCGAUGCAUAAAAACGUGCGCUAUAAUAUGAUCACAAUCUUUCAUCGAUAAACAAAUUAAGAUGACUAACAAAUAUCUUUUACAGGGAAACACGCCAGACUUAUCUGUUAUAAUAUUAACAUUUCAAUUACUCCGCCUUGUAAAACUCAUCAAAUUCAUAGACGUAGUUCCUUUGAUGAUUGGAAUUCACAUGACCAUCAUAAGUAUGUUUUACUGCAAUUGUAAAAAACGCAAACGACAAUCAACAAUUUCAAUCGCAGAUUCAUUAUUAAUAUCAUCGAACUCGCAGUCGAAUAUUGCAUGGAGAUCUACAUAAAUUGCGUGAUUUCAAUGAUUUCAAUGUUCACUAAUUAAUAAUGAAAAGUAGAUACAAAUAGUGAAUGAAAGAUUAUGGUAUAUCUGCGCCCUCUUGCGCAAUAAUUUAUGAAAUUUGUAAAAUUUAUUCCGCAAAAUUUCGUUUCUAUUAAAUUUUUUUAUUUUGUUGGAUGAAAAUUAUUUACAAGUAGCUUUUAUAGCUUAUCAUUUAUAAAAUUUUGCUAAUAAUAUCAGUCUUAUUGUUCAAGAGGGUUUUGACAACAUUUCGUAUCUAUUGAAUUAUUUAAAACGUUAAAAAUAAUUUGGAAAAUAAUAUUAAAUUAAAUAAUUAAAUGAUGAUGAUCAAAAAUAUUGUUUGUCGAGAAGAAUAUGUACAUAUCUCUUAUUUCUUAUUUA